AGUCCACCGUGCGAUUGGUCAUUCGAUCUGUCAAUCAUUGCUCAAGCUAGGUUGAGUUUAAAAGCGAGCGAUGGCGUUAAGGCGGCUGAGAGGAGAAGGAUGAAUUCAGUUUUGAAGUGUGAUUGAGUUGGCAGAGAGAUGGGUGUUAUUGGGGUUCAGCUGGUUGUGAGUUUGCUGAUGGCGACCCUAAUGCAGAGAUUAGCACCUCAUUACUCCAUAGGUCGCUGGCUGCUCUGUAAUGGGAGCCUUUUCCGAUAUAAACACCCAUCGGAUGAAGAACUCCGAGCCUUGGCUGGAAAACAGAAACCCAAAGUGAAGAGAGACAGGAGGCAAAAUGGCAUGACAGAAACCAAACCAGAGAGAGUGCCCAAGGACAUCAACCUGUGUCUGGAAGCGAAACCAAUCACUCCUCUUGAUGCCCUGGUUCUGCGUUACUUCCUAGACUACCUGUGGCUCAUGGAUUUUGUCUUGUAUGCGACUCUGGUUUACAUAUUUACUGAGGCCUACUACAGCCUGCUCCCUGUACAGGGAGAGGUGAAUGUCGGUGUGCUCUGGUGCCUGCUCACGUUAGCCUUUAGCAUUAAGGUUCUCUUCUCUCUGAUGACACAUUAUUUCAGGACAGAGGAAGGAGGUGAGCGCUCUGUCUGCCUGACUUUUGCGUUCCUCUUUGUCCUAAUUGCAAUGCUGGUCCUGGUCGUGCGGGAGGAUUAUCUGGAGUUUGGCCUUGAGCCCGGUUUUACCAACUUGUAUGAAAAUGUGGAGGUCUUUCUAAAGCAACAGGGGGUGGACAUCUGGCCUUACUCAAUCUCCAGACUUGUCUUUAAGCUUGUAAUAGUUGGGCUUUCGUCAUUUAUUGGAGCAUGUUUAACCUUCCCGGGCCUCCGAUUAUCACAGACCCAUUUAGAUGCCCUCAAGAUGACUGCGGACAAACCUCUGAUACAGAUCCUAUUGCAGGCCAACUUCCUGUCUCCCGUCAUAGUGUUGCUGCUGUGGGUUAAACCGAUCACCAGGGACUUUGUGAUGAAAACUCCACUUGGAAAAGAGCAAGUACAGCUGAUGUCUGACACAACAUACAACACAGUUCGUCUGUGGAUAAUCAUCAUGCUCUGUGCACUGCGUCUUACCAUGACCCGCUACCAUCUGCAGGCGUACCUAAACCUGGCGGAAAAGGGGGUAGACCUAAUGAAGAAGGAGGCUGGAAACAUCCCCAUGAUUGAAAUCCAGAGGAAGGUUUCUCGAGUAUUCUGCUACCUGUGUGUAGUCACCAUGCAGUACCUGGGCCCCGUAAUCCUGCUUCUGCACUCCACUCUGCUGCUGAAAGUGUUGGGUGAUUACUCAUGGGGCUUUUACCCAGAGUCCCCUCAAGUGUCUCCAGCUCUGGAUGUUACCUCGGAAUUCUCUGGAACAACUCCCAAUGAGGAGGAGAGAUAUGAAGUGACAGUCUCUCGGAUCAAAGCAUUCCUGAGCACCAUCUUUCACAUUUUCACACCCCUGUUUUACCGUGGCCUCUUCUCCUUCCUGACAUGGUGGCUGGCGGCCUGUCAAGUGGUGACAAACCUGUUUGGCCUUUACUUCCAUCAGUACAUGGUGACCUCGUAGGAAAACUGAGACUGGGACAUGAGAAUGAAACACACUGGAAAGUAUUGAUUCUCCUGUCAUGUUGGAGAAUGAGUGAAUGAUGAUGAGUUCAAAAUAUUUCCUUUAAUAUAUUCACCUUUUUUUUAGAUCCACUCCAGCUCCCCACAUCCAAAUUUUUUCCACUUUUUUUGCUCAAAGGUGCUGACAUCUACCAUCAACUAGCUGCCUGCAGGCAGUUCUACACCUCACACCUAUUUGGCUGCUCUUUUGUUUACCCGGAGAGCAGGUACAAACCAGGCUUUGCAGCUCUUGAUCUUUAUCCGUUGAUGCUCAGUAAGGACAGGGUUGAGCUGGAGUCUGAUGCCUCCGGUGUUGAACAGUCUCCCACCUUGGCAUUUGGGACAAGGUACCAGAAAGCUUGCUGCUGUGAAGCUACGCAAGGCGUGGAGAGGGUGGGAGAAAGCUAGCAGGAGGUAGACUGUUCGGCAUCCUUUGUCACAAAUGUUAUGGUCCUGUAUCUGAAGGGUGGGGGUCAGUUAGCUCAGUUGGCUGGUCAGCUGUUUUGCAUUAGAGUGAUGCCAGUGGGUUCAAUUUGUGCUCUGGCUGAGGUUACCAUGAAGGACUCUUUUUCUCAACCUGCCCCCUUGGUUGAGACAUGGUGAUUCUCAGGUUAAACACCCACCAGUCAUCUCUCUCUAAUGAGAGAGCAGCCCUGUGGUCCUCUGAGACAAUGGUAACUAUCUGAAGGCCAAUCGAAUAAUUUUCAAUUUUUCAUCAAUUGUUUAGUGUCCUAAUUUGGGAACCUUUCCCAGUGCCCUUUUUCAUCUUCCCUAUGCCUUCACUCGCAGAGGGAAAAUGCCUAAAUUAUUCUAUCUCAGAAUGGAAGGUCAAAAGAUGAUAUUUAAGGAUAAAUCUCCCUAAGAAAUAGAAAUUAAGAUGGGGAUGAAAAUCCUGACAGUGGGUGGGGUUCAAACUGGAGUUUGGAAAGAAGGAUCCAAACUUUUCACGUUAACAACACAAUUAAGCAAAUUGAGGCAGAUUAGAUUCCCUACAGUGUGGAAACAGGCCAUUUGGCCCAACAAGUCAACACUGACCCUCUGAAGAGUAACC